AUGGAGGAAGCAGGAGAUUACACUAAAACACAGUGUCUGUGGACUCUCACUUUAGCCAUCCUGGCCUGGACCAACACCCCGAGAAAGAGUGGAGGAUUAGGGGAAAUCCACAUUCCGCUGUUGGCUGACCUCACAAAGCAAGUGUCAAGGGAUUAUGGGGUCCUGCUGGAGGGUCCUGGAAUUGCACUAAGGGGUCUUUUCAUUAUUGAUCCUAAUGGAGUGAUUCGACACAUGAGUGUAAACGACUUGCCGGUUGGACGAUCUGUUUAGGAAACCAUCCGCCUGGUAAAGGCCUUCCAGUUUGUGGAAACCCAUGGUGAAGUUUGUCCUGCCAGCUGGACCCCAAAGUCA